UUCAUAGAAGAAGUAUAUAAUUUUCUGGAACAUGAAAAUCUAUUGGCAGUGGAGCAAAAAAAAGAUGUAGAAAGAAAUCAAAGGGAAUUGCUAUAUAUAGAUAGACAAAUAUGAGAAUGAAAGAAGAAUUUAUCUGGUAGAUGGAUAGGUUGAUGGAAGGUUUACGUCAAUGUCUCCUCACACAGCUGGCUGUAGGUGUGUUUGAGGACGCUCGUAAUUCAUUGAAGUAUAGACAAGUUUUGGAAAAUUCAUUCCAAUGACAAAGACAAUUAGAAUACCAAUAGAAAAACUAACAUGGCACUUGACAUGCACAGGAGAUCCUGUCGUUGAUGUUGGAAAACAAAACACUUAGAGAGUAAUUACCAUUGGGCACUGUAUGCAGUAUGCUUAUCGGAUACAGCUGCAAUUUUAGAGAGUAGUCUUGCAUGAAGAAGAGGAGGCGAAUCUGUGUUAUGCGUUUAAAAUGUAUAUGAAUAUUGAAAAGAUUACAUUUGAAGUUAUAUUUGGAUCCGACAUUAUAGAGAUUAAUCUACGCCAGAAAAUAUGCCCAGUCAAAGAUAUCAAGUAAUACUAACAUUUUUGCUGAUAUUAUACAUGAGGUUAUCUUUUGAGAUACGUGCAGACAUUUUUUGUAUGUGUACAUGUAAUGGUUCUGAGCAUGUAAAUUGUUCAAAUCUCAACCUGACAUCGGUUCCAAAGUACUUUCUUCCGAAUGUUAAAUAUAUAAAUCUAUACGGUAAUAAGAUCUCGAAAAUUGGAAAAGAGUCAUUUGUAAAUCUUCACAAAUUAGAGAUUCUACGAUUAUCCAAUAACAGAAUCUCGAAUAUUGAACUCAUCGAAAAUCUUCCAAGUUUAGUACUUUUAGAUCUAUCCUACAAUGACAUUACGAUUAUUAAAAAGAAAACAUUCAAAAACCUUUGCAGUUUACAGGAGUUAUAUCUGAGCAAUAAUAAAAUCUCCAUUAUUGAACAAAGAUCCUUUGAAAAUCUUGAACGUUUACGGACUUUAUUUCUGUACAAUAAUAAAAUCUCGAAUAUUGAACGCGAAUCAUUCGAAAAUCUUCCCGAAUUAGCCGAUCUAGAUUUGACCGGUAAUGAAAUCUUCAAAAUUGACCAAAACAGCUUCGUAAAUGUUACCAGAUUAGAAUAUUUACAUCUCUCCCACAAUAAAAUCUCGAAUAUUGAAGAGAGUACAUUCAAAACCCUUGGAAGUUUAAAAGAUCUAGGUCUAUCUUAUAAUCAAAUCUCCAAUAUUGAAGAAAUUGCAUUCAAAAACCUUCACAGUUUACGGUAUUUAGAUCUAUCCUAUAAUCAAAUAUCGAUUAUUAAGGAGAGUACAUUCAAAACCCUUCACAGUUUACGGGAUCUAGAUCUAUCCUUUAACAACAUCUCGAAUAUUGAAGAGAGUGCAUUCAAAAACCUUGGCAAUUUACAGGAGUUAGAUCUAUCCCAUAAUCAACUCUCGAAAAUAAAAGAAAGUACAUUCAAAACACUUCACAGUUUACGGGAUCUAUAUCUAGGCAAUAAUACCCUCUCCAUUAUUGCAGAAGGAACCUUUUUAAACCUUACCAGUUUACUGACUUUAGAUCUAUCCCAUAAUAAUAUAUCGACCAUUAAACAGGGAACCUUCGAAAAUCUGUACAGUUUGCAAUCUCUAUAUUUGGGCCACAACCAAAUGCAGAAAUAUGAGGAUGGUGCAUUCUUAUUCCUUCCCGACAUAUAUCAUGUAGACCUCAGUGGCAAUAAAGACAUGAUGUGUGGAUGUCACCUAUUAGCAGUAGUAAAUUAUACGAGAAAUACAUACAAUACAUCUGUGGUUGUCAAAGGCGAGUGUCAUACAGGUCUUGGCCAAGAAACAACACCUAUACUGAAAUAUUCGCAAUGCCAAAAUUACUCGUUAUUUCAAAAGAACUUGGAGUGUCAAACAUGUUCAGGGAUGAUGUGCAAUGAUUCAGAAAGGACAGGCUGUCCAGGAGUAGAGCCUGUAUGCCAAUAUAAACUAUCAAUGAAUGGCGUCACACUGAAGUUUGAAAGAUCUUGCAGGACAUACAGAAACUGCCUUGAAGCUAUGAGAAACAAUACUUUUACGUGCAAUAAAUGGGCCAAUGGCACUUCGUGUGUAGCUUGCUGCAGCGGAAACCAAUGUAACAAGAAUGAUUUCAUGGGGACUGUUGAGGAAUUUUCAAGAAAACUCCUGAAUAUUUCACAGAAAUCAGUGGAUUUCAAAGAAGAUAUUGUCUCGGCUAUAGCCAUGCUUGAGGAAAUGGCGCUAUUGAUAUCAAAUGCGUUCGUCAAUAUAAUACUGCGCAAAAUACUUCAUGGUAUCAACGAUAUGAUAAAUGCACCAGAGAAGAUUUUGGUUGAGGCAGAAAAAGCUAACAGAACUGUCAGCAGGUAAAAUUCAGAUCACAUUUGUUGUUGUGGAGGCGCAAUGGCCCAGUGGUUAGGGCAGCGGACUCGCGGUCACAGGAU